AUGUCCAAUCUUGCGCGUCCUGACGCGCCAAGAAGUUACAAAGAUGAAGCAGACGGUACGAGAGCCGAAGAUGCCGCCGACGCCGAUGAGGAAGCGCAAUUGCUAUUGAGAGAAGAGAUGGAGUUCGAAGACAACGACCUAGCAAAGCAACCACCAGAAAAGAGGCCCGCUGGCUUCUCGGGUUUUCUAAGUGGGCCCCAACCUCCACGCACGCAAAAGAUCAACCCCUUCUUUCCAUCUUUCCAGAAGGGCCCUGCCAAGCUAUUGAAGCGGCUGCUGCCACGUCAAAACCAUCAGAACUUUCUCCUGAAUGCAGUCUUAGUAGCUUGGCUCUUGCUUUUCGUGGGCUUCUUGGCUGCGGAAUUGCCCACAGUCGCUGGCGACGGCAGGUAUGUAGUCAACCUUGACUGUACUGACUCGCUCUGGAAACGCAAGAAUGAGUGUGGUAUCGAUGGAGUCAAUUGCCAUCCUUUCAACAACUUUUCUUUUGCUUUUCGGUGUCCAUCGAAAUGUGCAGAUGUGCAGUUGCUCAAUCCACAUGCCGUUGGCCCUUUUGAUGCCAACUACCGCCCUCUCGUUGUUGGUACCGAGACAUACAGAGGUGACAGCUUUGUCUGUGGCUCUGCGAUACAUGCUGGACUCAUCGGCAGCCGGAGUGGCGGUUGUGGUCGUGUCAACGUUGUUGGCGAAUACAGCAACUUUACGAGCACGAAGAGUUAUGGCAUCGAAUCCAUCCCAUUCGACUCGCGCUUCCCUCUGUCGUUCACUUUCACAUCUGGUGAUGGCUUCAAAUGCGGAAGCGAAUCUCGCUCGGCUUUGCUCUUCAUCUCUCUUCUUGUUACCACCAUACUCUCUGUACUCUCGACGGAGACCAAGAUAUUUUUCCCCAUCUUCAUCAUCCUCUUCGCACACGUCAGCUUUGUCUCCGAUCCACCCCAGGCUUCAUAUCGUAACACCACGGUUCUGCCCGAUCACCUCUCGAUGUUCGCAAGACGACUGUUGCCAGCUUUGUUCGUCGCUGUCAUCCUGUGGAUGAGUGUGGUGAAACGCACACUAUCUGGACUUGGCGCUCCCUUCGAGAAGACCAUACUCUGGCUCGGCGGAUUCUGGGUAGGAGCACUAUCAAAUUACACGCUUGACUGGAUACCUAUAUCAAGGCUUACCGCCCACGAUCUGGAAGCCCAACCUGGAGCCAAAGUGGCUCUGGCUGUCAUCCUUGGUAUACUUGUAAUCAUCAUAGUCGGUCAGGUAUAUCAUUUCUGGCUUGAAGGUCGUCUGCCGAGGUAUCUCGGGUUGUUCGGACUGUUUGUUUUCGGCAUCGUUUUCUGCCUCGCCAUCCCUGGUGUCAACCUGAGAAUCCAUCAUUACAUCAUCGGGCUAUUGUUGUUACCUGGAACAAGCAUGCAGACACGGCCAUCUUUGCUCUAUCAAGGCGUACUGCUUGGUCUGUUCGUCAACGGAAUCGCUCGUUGGGACUUCGACUCGAUCCUCCAGACGACCGCUGCCCUUCGAGAUGACGGCAAGUUCAACUCGCUUGUACCUGCGAUGAUUGAGCCUCUCGUCAACUAUAGCACUACCCAAGGCUUGUUGGCGUCGUUCUCCUGGAAGUACCUGCCUGUAGGCGUGGACGGGAUCAGCGUCUUGGUCAAUGACGUGGAACGUUACCGUGCUUUCUCUGACGAAAAAGCGAAUGGUGGUCUGUUCGAGUGGAAGCGUCCGUCUAAUGUGGCGGAAAACGAGUACUUUCGCUUUGCUUUUAUCAAAAGUGGACGCACGUUGGAUUACUCGAAGGCUGGGACACUUCUUAGCAAUGGCUCCUGGACAAUCUGA